CUGACAGCAGCUCCUCGAGGUGCGGAGGGCGGGCGCGACGAUCAUCUGUGACGCAAGGUGCCAAGUAGCAAACAGAGGGCGGCUUGCUGGGGCACUACUCGUCACCCAUUGUCCCACUCUCUCGCUCGCCAGCCUCGCUACCUCCUUUCCCAUGGCGCAACAGCAAGAGUUCGGCUCGCUCAAGUGGCUGGAAAACAGCAAGGUUCGCCAGGAGCAGCUGGCCCGCCUUGUUGAGAGCACCGGCGAGAUCAACAUAGGCUCCUUACCCGCGAAAUACACCACCGGCGAGGACGAGGCAGCGGGCGCCAAAGUCCCCGUAAAGAAGAUCGAGCUCCCCAAGGUUCUCCAUCAGAUCCUUGAGGCGGCGCCGUUGCGGACCUCUGCCGACGCGCUGUACUACGGCUGGCAAGCCGAGGAUAGUGAUGUCGUGGAGAUUGCGGAUGUCGGUCGGUUCUUGCGCCAGAUUGCCAUCGGGAAGUGGGGAUACCCGUCGUACCAGCACUCCAUCGUCCCUCUCUUCACCCAGUGGGGUUUUAUCCGAGUCGGCCCCAAGCCCGUCAAGGCUACAGACGUGAGGCGGUUCCGGCACCCCUCGGGCAACUUUAAGCCCAACUCGUCUCGCUGGAAGAGCAUCACCACCGAAUAG